AGGGGGAAAGUGUGCUGGGCUCCAGCGAGGAGGAGAGAGACAGAAACCAGGAGAGACAACUUUCUUCCACACGCUCUUAUUUUUUUACCGAGAGGUGCGCUUUGAGAGAUCUGCUGCAGACAGUGCAUAAGUUAUCAAGGCACCGUACAUUUUUUUGGAGGGGCUCGAAAAUAACAAUUAGAGUGAAGUGGAUGUGAUAAGCGGGCAAAGGUUUGACACAGAGCCGGAGGAAUGUAUCCAACUCGGGCAGCGGCGAGCCAGCGUCCUCGGGGAUGUCCAGCCCGCGCGCUGUGGGUCGCCCUGCUGCUCCAGAGCGUCCUGGAGCUGAGCGCCUCUGGGUCUGAGUUUCCCCAGGACCCCAGUGUGAUAGCUACCUCUUCAUGGAACAUCUCGGAUGGGUCCUUCUUCAUCCGCCUUGAAGCUCCCAUGAACAACAUCACCACCUCUCUGGGCCACACAGCCGAGCUUUUCUGCCGUGUGUCCGGCAACCCACCGCCCGUCGUGCGCUGGCUGAAGAACGAUGCCCCGGUGGUGCAGGAGCCUCGACGGAUCUCGUAUCGAUCCACGCCGUACGGAUCACGCCUCCGCAUUCGCAACCUGGACACUACUGACACGGGCUACUUCCAGUGCAUGGCCACCAACACACAGGGGACCGUGUCCACGACAGGCGUGCUCUUUGUUAAAUUUGAUCCACUCCCUACUCUCCUGCCAGGAAGGCCAACGGAUGAUUUUGAUGAAGAGGGAUUCUGCCAGCCGUACAGAGGGAUAGCCUGUGCCCGCUUUAUAGGUAACCGCAGUAUCUUCGUCGACUCGUUGCAGAUGCAGGGAGAGAUCGAGACACAGAUCACAGCGGCCUUCACCAUGAUCGGGACGUCCAACCAUUUGUCUGAUCGUUGCUCUGAGUUUGCUAUCCCGUCUCUUUGCCACUUUGCCUUCCCGACGUGCGACCGCAGUACUGGAACGGACAAACCUCGGGACCUUUGUAAAGACGAGUGUGAGAUCCUGGAGAACGACUUGUGUAAGACAGAGUACAUUAUGGCCCGCUCUAACCCCAUCAUCCUGAAGAGACUGAAGCUCCCUAACUGUGAGGACCUGGCGGCCUUCGACAGCCCAGAGGCCGGAAACUGUCUGAGGAUCGGCAUCCCAAUGGCCGAGCCCAUAAACAAGAAUCACAAGUGUUACAACAACAGCGGGGCGAACUACAGAGGGACCGUCAGUAAGACCAGGUCCGGGCGUCAGUGUCAGCCGUGGAACUCCCAGUAUCCUCACAGCCACACCUACCUGGCCAUCCGCUACACCGAGCUCAACGGAGGACACUCGUACUGCCGUAACCCCGGCAACAAACUGGAGGCCCCCUGGUGCUUCACGCUGGACGAAGGGGUCCGCUUGGAGAUGUGUGACAUAGCCGUCUGUGACCAUAAAGACAAGUCUAGUGGCGGCAACAUGGAGAUCUUGUACAUCCUGGUUCCCAGUGUGGCGAUCCCCUUAGCCAUCGCCUUGCUAUUCUUCUUUAUAUGUGUGUGCCGCAACAACCAGAAGUCCCCCACGCCUCCGGCCCCUCGCCAACCCAAACCUGUCCGGGGACAAAACGUAGAGAUGUCCAUGCUCACAACGGCAUACAAACCAAAGAGUAAGGCCAAAGAGCUUCCCUUGUCGGCUGUGCGUUUCAUGGAGGAGCUCGGAGAGUGCUCUCUAGGGAAGAUCUACAAGGGACACUUGUAUCUGCCGGGCAUGGACCAGGCCCACCUCGUGGCCAUAAAAACCCUGAAGGAUGUCUCCAAUGUCCAGCUGUGGGCUGACUUCCAGCAGGAGGUCGCAGUGCUGACGGAGCUGCAGCACCCGAACGUGGUGUGCCUGCUGGGCGUGGUGAUCCAGGAGCAGCCUGUCUGUAUGCUGUUUGAGUUUUUGCCCCAAGGCGACCUCCACGAGUUCCUCAUCAUGCGUUCCCCACACUCUGAUGUUGGAUGCAGCAGCGAUGAGGACGGCACUGUGAAGUCCAGCCUGGAUCAUGGAGACUUCCUGCAUAUGUCCAUACAGGUGGCUGCUGGUAUGGAGUACUUGGCCAGCCACUUUUACACCCACAAAGACCUUGCAGCUCGUAACAUUCUAGUGGGUGAGCAGCUCCACAUCAAGAUCUCCGACCUGGGUCUCUCCCGAGGGAUCUACUCCUCGGACUACUUCUGUUUGCAGCCCAAAACUCUCCUCCCCAUCCGCUGGAUGCCCCCCGAGGCCAUUACCUACGGCAAAUUCAGCACAGACUCGGACAUCUGGUCAUUCGGAGUGGUUUUGUGGGAGAUCUUCAGCUAUGGGCUGCAGCCCUAUUACGGCUUCUCCAACCAGGAAGUGAUGGAGAUGGUGAGGAAGAGGCAGCUGCUGCCCUGUCCCGAGGACUGUCCGCCAAGGUUUUAUGGCAUGAUGGCUGAAUGCUGGCAGGAGGGACCAGCACGUCGGACGCGCUUCAAAGAAAUCCAUGCUCGCCUGCGGGCCUGGGAGGGGCAUUCUUCCCAUGCCAGCUCCAGCACGCCCUCUGGGGGCGGAGGCAACGCCACCACCCAGACCACCUCGCUCAGUGCCAGCCCCGUCAGCAACCUCAGCAACCCCCGCUACGCUGCUGCCGCGGCUGCUGGGUACCUCUACCAGGCCCAGGCUAUCCCCUCGCAGGGUCAGAUGGCCCCGAUGCAAGCCUGGGCGCCAAUGGCUGUGACGCAAACCCACCAGCGCUUUAUCCCUGUCAAUGGAUACCCCAUCCCACCAGGAUACGCCGCUUUUCCAGCCCACUUCGCUCCACCUGUCCCACCAACCCGGGUCAUCCAGCACCACCUGCCCCCUCCUAAAAGCCGCUCACCCAGCAGUGCCAGCGGCUCCACCAGCACGGGGCACGUGAGCGGCGUCCCCUCCACCACAGGCUCCAACCAUGAUGCCAACACACCGCUCCUCUCCCACUGCAUCAUGCCAGGUAACGGUGGAGGGCAGAUUCAGCUGUACGGACAAAUUUGCCAGAAAGGAAUGGGACAACUAGACCACCCAUCACAAAUGGCGCUGCUCGUUGAUUCUGACACACUGAUGUACAACGACUCGGUCAUCGUCGCAGACCUGUAGAUAAAAAGAGAGGUACACACUCUUUCUGCUCGGGACCCACAUUUGAGAAGUUUAGCCUCUCACGCAUGGGACCCAGUUCUACCCUUGUCACUUGGAGGUCCAACAGAAACCGGCCUGUAAGCACAUUUGACAGUGCAAGAAACACUACCGCAGCUACACAAAUAUAUACACAGCUGUCUGACUUUGUAAUGCCUUAUUGUUUAAAGCAUUUGUACUUACUA